AUGUCCCAACCUCCUCCUCCUCCUCCUCCUGCGCCGCUGGCAACUUUAGACAUCCUCUCCCCGUCUUCCACGGACACGUUCGAAAUCGGGUGCGAGAUAUGCGUCACCGCGCGCGUGUCUUUUCCCCGACCAACGAGAAGUUCAGUAACGAACACGUACCGAAGGGAGGUGUUGUUCCCGAGAUACCUUCGCGUGGAGAUGGCGUACGACUCAUCGUCGUCAUCCUCCUCAUCGUCGUCGUCGUGGAUGAUGCCUCUUUCCGCCGCGGUCGGGAGGCGAUAUAAACACGUCGGGAACGCGUCCUUGGACGACGAGCGAGAGAGUAAAGCGACGUUUUCGUUACGAUUCAACACGCAGGAGUUAUCCUCUGGCACGUAUUCGAUACGGUGUUUACUCCCUAAGGAUUACUUCGAGACAUCUACGAGUUCGAUGAAAGAAACGUCCUCUGCAGACCAAACGGAGGACAGAGACGCGAUGAAGAAGAAAAAAGAGGUACAUAAAGCGUUACUCGUGGCGUCGAAGAAAGAGGUGCAAGUGCACAUAGCGCCGACGUUGGAGUACGUGAGGAGCGGCGCGCACGACGUGAAGUUUCGGUGGAACGCGAAGUCGCUUCCACCGAAGGUGUACGAGAGCGUGUUGAGUAGCAGUAGCAGUAGUAAAGGAAGAGAGAAUGGGAAGGAUGGUAGUAGUAAUGAUAGUAGUAACGGUAGUGGAUGGAAGCUCGCGUUAGACGUGCAACCGGCGUUGAGAGAGAACGAGAAACUUUCGGAAGUCGUUUCGGACGCGUUCGUGUUUGCGGCGAAAGCCGGUCAUUCCGUUUGGGUCGUGAAAGGGUCUCGAAUCAUGUACGAAAUAAAUGCGCAGGAGUUGAUUGAGAGAGAAAAAGUGAUAUCGUUUCCACCGAGUCGAUCCGGCUACGCCAUCGCAUUAGCAGCGUUUAAUUUGGAUAAUAAUAACUACGAGAAUUCCGAACCGGCGGUGACGACGCGUCGAGUGUGGGUAAGCGCAAACGGGUUAGAAGUUUCCGCGAGUUGUACGAAAGAUGCGAGAGAGGUCGUGGUUGGCGACUCGAAUUACGCACCAAAGCGUGGAACGUCCGGAUCAGUUAUUCAAGAACAGAUGGAAAAUUUAGAUUUGCAAAAACCGCCGGCGCCAGGUAAAGACGAGGUGUCCAAGCUCGAUAGACGACAAGAUUGGGUGCCAAAACGUCAAAACACAGAUGUUGGGUCGUCGACAGCUUCGACAUCUUUCGCCUCUACGUGGCAAAAAGAACGCGGAGUGAACGUGCUCGUGUUUCGUUUAUCGGAUGGUGCCAUAGAACACGAUGUCACCUUCGAUACGAUCGGAUCGAAACGAACGGAUUCGAACGCGUCGAGAGCAGCCUGCGAAGCGUUAAAGUUGGCAUUUUCACCGUCCGAUGGUGCAUUUGCAAAAUCUCGAGAUGGGCAGCGGAUACUUGGUGCGCGAAUGGUAAUUGUUACCACGUGCGGUACUUGGGCAUUGAAUGCUGCUGAAUCCGGAAUAUCGGAUGCGUUGCGCGAGAUUUUUGUCCAUCGGUUCGGCGGCGACGUCGCGCUCGCUUCGCGGGCUAUUUCGGACGCCAUAGGGGGGGAUCCGAAAAACGCGUCCGCAAUUUGCAUGGCGGCGAUAUGUGAGAAUAGUAACGAGCCAAAUACUUUCACCUCUCGUUUUAUCGACGCUGCAAUCAAUAAAGGUAAAGAUCAAAGAGCGUCGAUUAAGAUUCGAUUCGCGUUUGCGAGUCCAGACGGGUGGUUUCCGAUGAUGAGGAAGCUUGGGAAUAUAGGUAACGAUAAGAACGUAUUUUUCAGCGGUACUGAAUCCGCGGAACUUUUGGGUAAAACAUCGAGUCCGGGAUCUACAAGUGCGACAUCCUCGAGCGGCCAAUCGAGUGCGGAUGAUAAAAAGAUGCAAUCGUGGGAGGUGUGCGGCGUAUGGGCAACAGAAAACGCGGAGGAAUCAGACGACGACGGAGAAAUGGAAAAAGCGCAAUCAGAUGAAGAUGGUAUGAAUGAAGUUGAGGACGACAUCGACCGGAUUCUUCUCGAGCUUGACGCAGGUUUAAAUGGCGAGGAAGAAGAAGACGGUGAUGAUAGUAAAAAUAUAGCUUUAGAGAAACCGAAAUCAGAUCUAGGCGUGGUUGAUAUUAUCCCCGAACAAAGGGAAAUUGAACGCCUCGAGUCGCUAAAGCUUCGCGCGGUCGUUGAAGCAGUAGAGCCGUGCCUCUUUGCUGCGGCUGAAGAUGAAGACAGAAAAACAUCGAAAAGCACUCGUGCAAGUGGAGAGCCCGAGUUUGUCAAGAUUCAACCAAAUUACUUGGUACAAUCCGCGCAGCUCGGUUUCGGCGGCGAGUUUUCACACUCGAACAUAUUGGCGACGCCGUUGCUUAGCACAUUAAUUCAUUUCGCGCGACGACGCAUGCGUCGUUUUCAGUGGAAUGCGCUCAAAGCGAGCGAGUCGAACGAUGCAGCGAGUCAAGUCUCGGCGCGAAUUGAGCACUGGAUGCGAGAAAUAUCGAGAAAACGCGAGAGCGAGUAUUCCGCGAAGCUCGCACGUGAAUUCAUCGCCGCCGGUACGAUUGAGUACCUUAGCGAUCGAAUUGUACAUCAGAUUGAUGCAGAUGGAAAAUUAAGAAUCAAUGCACACGAAGAAAACAUACGUACAUGCAUCAGAACGCUCGCGGCGUUUUGUUUGCGAGACAACGGUGCGCAUCUAGCCGAAGCGAUUCGUCGCGACUCGCUCGAGGCAAUCUUGCGUUCAUUUCUAGCCUCAUGGAACGGGUUUUUAGGUGCUGAUUUAGACACAACUCCGCUCCUGAAACUCGAACGCGUUGUCGAAUGGCUCGCCGCGAACGACUUGAAAACGUGUAAAGUGAUCAUGGCCUCGACGUCCUCGUCGUCUGUAUCUGGGAAGAAUUUUUCGGAGAAGGACCCGAAGCCGAAGCAUCGCAGACGAAAUUCAAGCUUUGCUGAAAGCACGGAAUGCUUCGAAAUGAGUUGCAUGCGAGCACAGUUUCCAGCGAUGCCAGAUAACGAAGGUAUUUAUGCGGCGUCUCUUCGAGUCAUCGAGCUCGAAAAGCCGACGCAUAAGAAAUUCGAUGGUUUAAUUCAAUUACCUAGCAAGAUGAGGAGCGCAACAGGAAACGGGUCAGCGCCCUUAUCACCUCUCGAAACAAAAGCGCUCUCUCGGUUAGAUUCUGGCUGGCACGGGGAAGUCGAUCCAAGAAUACCAACGCCACCCACCAAGCAAGCUGCUGCAACUAUCGCCGAAGAUUUAUCUGAUUCCGAAAGCGAUUGGCAAGACGUCGCCGGCGAGCACUUGUUGAGCGAAACGAACGACACAGAAGGGGAUAAAAUGUCCGCUUGCUAUAAAGGCUCAGUGAUUGCCAUCAAAGCCAAGCGCAAUGAUUGGGGCUCUUUUUGUGAAAUCAUGCGACAAGCGCCGCGUUUAACGUGGCUUCUUCAAAACGCAGGCGCGAAAGCAGUCUUUUUCGUCUGGCCGAAAAUUGCCGGUGAGAGUGACGCUCGGGAAACGAUUCAACCUCUCAUCGCAAAUCCAAACUUUGAAAGCUCCGAGUUGCACAUUCCAGUCUUUGUCGUUCCCGGCGAUGUCUUCGCGCGAAACCACGAGGGUGCAAAAGCUGAAAGUCGUCGACGACACCAACUCUUUGGCGAAGACUGCGUGAUUCGCAUCGACAUCCCUGCUUUUGAGAGCGAAGACGGGAGCACGAAUCAAGUGGCCCGCAGAUUACGCAACGCGCUUCUGUUAGCGUUGAAAGACCGGGAUGCGACGAAUUCUGACAACGCCGCUUUAUUGAGUAAGAAGACUGCACCGGAAGGUGGCGUCCUCGUCGGUCGAUGCUAUAAUCCAUGGAACAACCCUCUCUCGUCCAAAGGGGUUUCCCGCACGUCGUCGAUGGAUGCGCUUUCACCUACCUCGUCAUCUGCAUCCAUGUUCGACCCACAAUCUGCGAGAAAGUUUCGCAAAUGGCGCGUCGCGCAACGUAUCGUCAACUCCUUAGGCUCUGAAGAUUUAGGCAUUCGCGCGGAAGCUUACGAUCUGGACGAAUCGGAAACAACGCCAGUGCGCGUAUUGUGCAUGGAUGGUGGCGGAAUGAGAGGAUACGUCACGGUUGUUAUUCUUAAACGCAUCUUGGAAGCUACUGGCGCGUGGUGUGUUGGAGAAGUGUUUGAUUUAAUCGUCGGGACUUCAACUGGUGGUAUCAUAGCUCUAGGAGCAGGCCUCUUGCGCAUGACUGUCGCUGAACUCGACUCUUUAUACGAGCAAAUGGCGAAAGACGUCUUCAAACCGGAUUCGUACGUCUCGCUGUUGACGAAAGGUCCCGGUCACGUGGCAGCAAAAUCGUUCGAAAACGUAUUACGCAACGUCCUCGGUGACGAUCCGGAUGAAGAAAUGUUUUCCGUCGGCUCGCACCAAAGAUGGUUCCGUUCUGCCGUGCCUGCACCUAGAGUCGUUUUGGUUUCCUCGUUAGUUUCGAGAAACCCGAGUUCGUUGUACAUGCACCGAUCGUAUCGCCGCGAGAACCAUUCGCCAUCAACCGUCGUUGACACAUCGACGUCAGGAAAAAUAAAGAAGAAAUCGGAGUUAGAUUACGCCGGUGAUUACAGAAUUGGUAUGACCGCGGCGUUACGCGCAACAACCGCGGCGCCGUGGUACAUGGAAGAACUCAUUUGUGAAAAAGAACUCGGAUACGGAAGUGUAGAGAUGAGCGAGAAACUGGGCUCUUCUUCUUCUCCUUCUCCUUUGACGUCUUCCGCGGCUACAACGACCACUCAAGCCAUUGGCGUAACAUCCACAUCUUCAGCGGAACACCACAAAACUCCAUCCUCUUCGAGCUUGGGUCCAAACGAUAUACUAAACGACGAUAUACUAAACGACGAGGACCUCGACGACGACACGGAAAAAGCCAGAGCCAAAGCCAAACGAGGCCAACUGCACGGUGGCGGCUUGAACAAACUCUCGCCGCUGGAAAGCUCGCGAACGCAACUCCGAUUCAUCGACGGCGCCAUAUCGUGCAACAAUCCCGCCGCUGCGGCUGUGUUUGAAGCCAAACGGAUAUUCAACCCAAAAAGGCCUCUCAUCCUCUGCUCGCUCGGCACUGGAUAUCCCGUCGCCCGCGACGUCCCCGCCACUUACGGCGCCUCCUGGGUCACGAACGUCGUCAACGCCACUUGUGACGUCGUUCAAGUUGACGCGACUAUCCGUCACGUCCUCGACGCAGACAAGGACCAAUACUUUCGAUUCCAACCGCAAGGCGAGAUUUUCAGCUGUGCGCUCAACGAUACGAGCAAAGAGACGGAGAAAAAAUUGAAACAAACCGCUUUGAAAUACGUCAACGAUCUCACUCAGAGGAAAGAAAUCGAACGGUUGGCGACGUUGUUGAAGAAACCCAGAGUUAUAAGGAGGGUGUAG